GGGUGUUGUUUCAGCAUGUCCGGCCGGGGCAAGGGCGGUAAGGGGCUCGGGAAGGGCGGCGCCAAGCGCCACCGCAAGGUGCUGCGCGACAACAUCCAGGGCAUCACCAAGCCCGCCAUCCGCCGCCUGGCUCGGCGCGGCGGCGUCAAGCGCAUCUCGGGCCUCAUCUACGAGGAGACGCGCGGCGUGCUCAAGGUCUUCCUGGAGAACGUGAUCCGCGACGCCGUCACCUACACGGAGCACGCCAAGAGGAAGACGGUCACGGCCAUGGACGUGGUCUACGCCCUCAAGCGCCAAGGUCGCACCCUCUACGGCUUCGGUGGUUAAGCUCGCUCGUUUCUACGGCUUAGCAUUUCUACAGCACAAAGGCUCUUUUCAGAGCCACCCACCCAUUUCAGUAAAAGAGCUCCCGAUCGCUGCCGAAAUACCGGCGUUUCUUUGGUUUUUAGUCUUUCGUUCAUCGCUUGGCUGGGGGACAGUAGCCUUGGGGCAUU